AGUGCAAACAAUUAAUCUGUGAAACAUGAAAUUGAUUCUGUUGUCUUACUGGUCAAAGAGGCCCAAGUUACAGUAUUUGCACUGUAACUCCUCUAUCCUCAUUCAUUGAUAUGGCGACUGGACGUGUCUCUAUGUGCUGCAUAUUUUUUUAUGUGGUAGCAAGACUUAUAUGCCUUAUAGAACAGCCUGGAUUUGCCUGUAAUAACUCUAAGGAGUUUUCUUUUCAUCUGUGGAGAACUUUUAAAGUGAAUCUCAAUAUUUGCCCUCGCCUUAUCGAUGGAAAACCUAGAGUAUACUCUCAUCGUGACUUCACCAGACCAGCGAGCUAUAUGGCCGGCCUUCUACUUUUAUGUGGUGACGUUGCCACUCAGCCCGGUCCUUAUAAUACCAAACCAAGUCCUAUUCACUGCUCCAACAUAAAGUGCUUGUAUAUGAACUCUAGGAGUGUUGUAAGCAAACACAGUGAGCUCCAAGCGUUAUCUAUUGGACAAGAUCUCAUAUUUUGUGUUGAGUCAUGGCUCAAGGAACACAUUCGGGACUGUGAGCUGCUCCCGUCCUCUGAAUUUACUAUACACAGGCGAGACAGGAAGGACAGAAGAGACGGAGGAGUUUUUCUGGCAGCACGAAACAAUAUAAUGAGUAUUCGCAGAAAAGAUCUAGAGACGGACGCUGAAAUUUCGAGCACUACAAAACUAAGCUUAGUACUUACAGACCGCCAUAGUGUGAUGCUCAUGCAAUAGUUUAUAAGUUUGUUUACAUAAGUAUUCUUAAGUUUUAGGCCCGGGUCAGGCACCAUGCUUCACGGCAGGUUGAACCGAAAAGCAUUAUUUUUGGGACUGUACGUUCCGCUUUGGGUUCGGCUCAUGUGGGGUGCGGCGUUUUACCUGGGACUUAAACAGACAUAUUUUAUAUUUUCUUAAUURACGUAAGGAGUUGAAUUUCAAUUGGGGCUAUCGCCCUGUUUUCUUCUCCGGCCGCCCAUAGCUUUGUAUGUUGUGUAUUAUGUUUGUGGCAAAUUCCAAUAAACUAAACUAAUCCUUGAUCUUUGAAUGAGACAUUUUCUGGUCAAAAUCCGAACUUGUGUCCUUCAGUGGAUUUUUUA